AUGGCGGAAACGAGCAUGCCCUACGAUGUGCCUGGCUGGGGAUUCGACCCUAUGAACCCAGGCCCAGGUUUCAACCUCGAACCCGGCCUUUCCGGCGAUGAAGAGCUCUGGUAUAGAAGCCAGCUGGGGAUGAGCGCCUUUGACCAAGGGCAUCUACAGAGGGAGGAAACGCUCGCAGGAUAUGACUUUGCGACUCCUGGUUCAGGCAAGACGGCAUACCAGCUGUCAACGCUUCCUACAGAAGGCUUUCCCAACCGGGCAGAUAAACUCCUACCAAGGUUUGGGAAUAUGCAAACACCGGCCAACAGCACACCAUACAGUCUGGAUGACCUUCUCCGAACCGCCUCGCAGCUGGCCACCGAACGUGCGCUCUACAUGAACAUCCCUCCUGCAGUCCCUCAAUCUCCACCAGCCUACCACUACUCUCCAGCACCAGCCGCAGACGCCUACAUCAGCUCACCCGGCGCAAGUCCAAGCCAUCAUUCCAACGCGAGCGAUACCGACGAGCCAGCACCCGCCUUUGACUUUGCACAGGUCUACCGACUGCCAGAAGGCAACGGAAACGGCAACGGCAACAGCGGCGGCAGCAACACUAACGCGCACUUUUUCCCACCCCCGAUCCACACCCAGUCCCGCGAUCACGCGCCCGCAGCAGCGACAGUAAUCGGAGUCCCGCACAGCGAGAGCAACCCCCAAAGCAAGGCCCACGCCGAAGGAAACCUAGGAAAGUCAAAGAAAAACAACCUGACCCCGCUGGAAAUGCCCGACGGCAGCACACGGUUCACCGCCAACUGGCUCCCUGUCGACCCGCAGGGCGGCUUCACCAUCCGUCCGCCCGUGCAGCCCAUGCAUUUCAUGGACCUCGACCCCAUGAUGGAAUUCGAGACACAUUUCGACCACGGACAUGCGCAUGGACGCAGUAACUACAACUACCGGGAUGCGUUUAUUUCGAUUGAAAACCACGGUGGUGCUGAAGCCGGACCUGGAGUGUGA